AGAAGACAUGUUUCAGAACGUGUUAUCACAGGUGGCGGAUCAGUUCAGCAGGGCGUUCAAGAUCAAUGAGCUGAAAACUGAAGUCACCAACAGGCUGGCAAUGCUGGAGAAGAGAGUGGAGCUGGAGGGUCUGAAGGUUGUGGAGAUUGAGAAGUGUAAGAAUGAUCUGAGGAAGCUGAGAGAUGAGAUGACUUCCGGAGUGGGAGGAAGAGUGAACUGUCCAUGUAAGUACAACUUCUCAGAUGAUGGAAAGAAAUUAACUCCCAGACGGGACGUACCCAGCUAUCCAAAGUACACGCUUUCUCAAGAGACGAUCGAGGCUCUGAAGAAACCGACCUUUGAUGUCUGGCACUGGGAGCACAAUGAAAUGCUCAGUUGUUUGGAGUACAUGUACCAUGACUUGGGGCUUGUAAAGGAGUUCAACAUGAACCCCAUUACUCUCAAACGCUGGCUGCUUGCUAUUCAGGAGAAUUAUCGUAGCAACCCCUUCCAUAACUUCCGUCAUUGCUUCUGCGUGAGUCAGAUGAUGUAUGGCAUGAUUCACCUCGCCAACCUUCAGGAAAAGCUCACUCUGAUAGAUUUGGGCAUUUUGAUGACUGCUGCAGUAUGCCACGAUUUGGACCAUCCUGGAUACAAUAACACGUACCAGAUAAAUGCCCGCACUGAGCUAGCUGUCCGCUACAACGACAUCUCUCCUCUGGAGAACCACCACUGUGCUGUAGCCUUUCAGAUUCUGUCUUUGCCGGAGUGCAACAUCUUUGCUAAUGUGGAUCCAGAAGCAUUUAAACAGAUCCGUCAGGCGAUUAUUACCCUGAUCCUGGCGACAGACAUGGCCCGGCAUGGCGAGAUCCUGGACUCUUUCAAACACAAAGUGGAUAACUUCGACUUUACCAAUGAGGAGCAUGUGACCUGCCUGAAGAUGGUCUUGAUUAAGUGCUGUGACAUUUCUAAUGAAGUCAGGCCCACAGAUGUUGCCGAGCCGUGGGUGGACUGUCUGCUGGAGGAGUACUUCAUGCAGAGUGACAAGGAGAAGUCUGAAGGUCUGCCUGUCGCCCCCUUCAUGGAUAGAGACAAAGUGACCAAGCCGACCGCUCAGAUUGGCUUCAUCAAGUUUGUCCUCAUCCCGAUGUUUGAAACGGUGAUGAAGCUCUUCCCACAGAUCGAGGAGAUAAUGGUGCAGCCUCUGAGAGACUCACGGGAUCAUUAUGAAGAACUCAAGCAAAUCGAUGAUGCGAUGACUGAGGGACCUGGCUUUUUGGCCCGCUUCCAGAGAAGCAGUGGAGCUCCAGUCUGAGGUUUGGAUGAGGAGGUCCACUCGGAGGUCUUUCCUGAAGUCGAGGGGAUGAUCAAGAUGGUUGCUCGCUGCACUGAAUCCAAAGAGAGAGCUGAAUUUAUGGAACCUAUGGAACUGAAACAAGGUUCCUUCAUAUAGUUGCAAUAAAGAUUAAUAGGUCUGUGACUUUUUCUGAUGAGGUUUAGUCUGGUGUUCUGGGCAUCUGCAUUUGUGGUUGUUUUGGUGUUUGCUUCAUUGUUAGUAGUAUUGCUGUGUCUGUAAGAGUUGGUGCAGAGUA